AUGUCUGCUUCCUCUACUCAUGUUCAAGGUACAGAGGAUAUUCCCAUUAACCCUAAUGAGAUUCUUGAGGUCACCUCUUUACAGAUGGUGACUCUAGACAAUUUUGUGGCAAAGAAGCCAGGAACAUCACAUGCACGAAGAACCAAACAAACAACAAGAAGACCUAAAAAGGCUAUUUCUGGUUAUACUUCUCAAUCCUCUGUUCCUCCCUCUAGGGAAGAAUUGACUAAAGAAGGUUCUAGUGGUAAUGUUAUUGAAUCUGUCCAAGUAAAUGAGGAUAUGGAUGCGGCUGUUCAUGAAGAAAACGUUGUUAUUAAUGAUGAUGUUGAUGAUGCUGCUAAUAAUGAUGAUGUGGAAGAGACUUUUGGUAAGGACGAUGUUGUUGCUGAUGAUGAUCAUACUGAGGUCCCUGUUGUUGUUGUGGAUGAUGAAGAGGUACCUUGUGAAGAUGAUGGUAAUGUUUCUGUUGAUAAGGAUGAGGGCCACACUGAAGGUGGUCAAGCUGAAGAGAAAGAACCUGAGAAGACCAAUGCUGAUAAGGUGAUCAACCUUGAUGAUCUCUCUGAUGAUGACUUGGUUGCUUCUAUCAAUCUAAGUAUAGCCAAAAGGCUUAUGAGAAGGAAAGGGGAGCAAGUUGUGGAUGAGGACUCUCUGAAGAAAAAGACAGUGGUUAAGCCCACUUCUGUUGGCCCCAAGAAAUCUUGGAGCAAAGUGGUGCCUAUGAAGAGAAAGGCUAGAAUUAUUGCUGAGAAUGAGUCAGAUUUUGAUGUUGCUCUGGAUGUCAAUGACAUCCCUCCCAAGAAGAAGGCCUCUACUAGCAAGCUUGCUGCUAGUGUCCCUGAAAAAAGAUUGGCCUUAGAGAGGAAGCUUGCUCAGAAUGCUCUUGAGUGUGAAGAGAUUGUGAAUCUCAUUCAUGAAGCUGGGCUGAUAAAAACUGUGACUCAAUUCUCCAAGUGUUAUGAAGUCCUUGUGAAGGGGUUCAUUGUGAAUUUACAUGAAGAUUGUGCCAACAAGAAAGCUAAGGAUUACUUGAAAGUGUUUGUCAGGGGAAAUUGUGUUAACUUCUCCCCCACUGUGAUCAACAAAUUUCUGGAAAGAUCCAAUGAAGCUAAGCCUGAGCUGGAAGUGUCUGACAAUAAAAUGUGCAAGGUAAUUACUGCUGGACAAGUCAAGACGUGGCCUGUCAAAGGAAAGUUGAAUGCUAGCAAGCUAAGUGUGAAGUAUGCUAUACUUCACAGGACUGGAGCUGCCAACUGGGUGCCAACUCAGCACAAGUCUACAGUUUCUGCUGUUCUAGGCCCCAUUGCCUUCCCCUCCCUUAUUUAUGGAAUUAUCUUGAAUCAAUUUCCCAACAUUCUGAAUGACAAAGAUUCUGUGUGCAAAAGAGCAAGCCCUUUACUCUUUCAUCAUAAGCUCUUCCAAGGAACCCAUGUUCUUGACAUUAUCAUUACAUCUGCCGAGACACCCCAUGGGAGCUCUAAAGCCAGUAAGUCAGCAAUUAUAGCUAUGCUAAAAGAAACAUGUAAGGAGCUUGAAGCAAGGAAGCUGAGCCUUGAGAAAUUGACCAACUCUCUUGAAUGUGAUGCUGAGCUUGUAGAUAAUGCUGAUGAAGAAGAUGUUGAUGGAUCUGAGGAAGGAGAAGAUGUUGACCCUGAAGGGGAAGAGGAUGAAGAUGCCAGUCUUGAAGAUGGCACUGAGGAAGAAAAAGAGGAUGCUGCUUGUGGUGUCAGUCCUGGCUUCAUGGAUACGUGUCUUGAGAAUGCGACUUUCACCGGCCUAACCAUAGGUUCCAUAUUAGGCAUAUCUUCAUCACCAACUAAACCAAAUUUAUUAGUAAUGGGAGCAUUGGAAGACUAA